UUGACCUCAUAUACGCCGUAUCAAGCCGAGAUUUCACAAGGUCGUCUCGAAAGUUUGAUCAAUUUUCAAACGAUGAUCAGUGAUUUGACCGGUUUGGAAGUACCGAAUGCAUCGCUACUCGACGAAAGUACGGCAUGUGCUGAGGCUAUGCAAAUGGCCGUUAGAUACACGAAACGUCCCAAAGUUCUGUACGAUCCACUGUUGCAUCCACAAAAUAUCGGUGUGUUGAGAACCAGAUCCGAGUGA